AUGGAGCUGAAGAAGGACAGCAACGCUGUGUCCAUCGACAUGCUGCUGAUCGUGCACUCGGAGAAGCGGCGCGCCGCGCAGGGCGCGCACUCUGACCGGCCGGCGGACCCGGGCGCGCAGCCGCCGCGCAGAGGAGGACUUCAAGGCAUCGGGAAUGGAAUCCGGAGAUGGCAGAAACUAGAAGGAAAUGAUCUAUGUGGAAACGUGGUGGAGAAGCAGCAUGCCCAGCAGACCCAGGUCAUCACUUCCUACGACAACCAAGGAACACAGCUGACUGUGGAGGUCCACCCUCGGGAUGCCAUGCCCCAGCUGUUCAAGAAGUUCUCCUUAGCUAAACGUUUACAAGUUGAUAAAAAUGGAAACACAAGACCCCGGCAGCCUGGAGGGAAAGAUACCCAUGCCUACCCCUGGGAUCGCUCCAGCCUGAAGUCCAUGCCCCUGGACCUGCGGCAGUUUGAGAAGCUGGACACCUAUGCCUCACAGGUGACAGUCAAGAGUGGCCUCGAGGAGCUGGUGAGCGACCUGCUCCAGGAGGCCCACAGUGACCUGGAGAUUGUCCGUGCCAUCUGGAUCUGGAUCUGCCACCACAUAGAAUACGACAUCGAGGCUGCCCAGGAGAAGGACCGCCAGGCCUUCAAACCCACCGCCAUCCUGCAGACCCAGAAGACCAACUGUGAUGGCUAUGCUGGGCUCUUUGAGAGAAUGUGCAGGAUCGCUGGAGUGCAGUGCGUGACCGUGCCUGGCUACUCCAAGGGCUUUGGCUACCAGCUGGGGCAGAGCUUCUCUGGGGAGUUUGACCACGCCUGGAAUGCCGUGUUCCUGGAGGGGAGAUGGCACCUGGUGGACAGCACCUGGGGCAGUGGCCUGGUGGAUUCCUCCACGUCCAAAUUCACCUUCCUCUACAACGAAUUCUACUUCCUCACCCACCCUGCACUGUUCAUCGAGGACCAUUUCCCAGACAACAAGAACUGGCAACUGCUCAAACCCCCUCAAUCCCUGAGGCAGUUUGAGAACAACAUGUAUCACAAGAGUGAGUUCUACAACAAGGGGAUGCUGAGCGCCCAGCCGCAGACUUCCAUCAUCAAAACAGUGAAUGGAAAGGCCACGGUCACCAUCGAGAGCUGUGCUCCGACGCUGUUCAUGUUCAUGCUCAAUGGCAAGCAGGAGCACGGGCUGCUGAGCCUCCGGAAGAACGGGAUGAAGCUGGAUGUGUACCCCCCGACCACGGGCACCCACAAGCUGCAGAUCUUUGCCAAGGGCAACUCGGAGAUCUACAGCUCCGUGCUGGAGUACACGCUCAAGUGCCACUGUGCAGACGUGGACGUCCGGCUGCCAGCUGAGCUGCACCAGCCCGUGGGCCCCAGCUGGUUCUCGGAGCAGAUGGGCAUCACCAAGCCGUCCCACCCCGAGCCCGUCAUUUACACCAGCGACGGGCGCUGCUCCGUCAGCUUCGGUGUGGAGGAGGGCAUCAGCGUCCUGGCUUCGCUGCACGGAGACGAUGGCCCCGUCACCGAGGAGACCCAGCGACGCUACAUCUUCCAGCUGCACCGGGAGAAGCGGACGGAGCUGAAGGUGCAGCUGCCCCACGCCGGCAAGUUUGCACUCAAGAUCUUCGUCAAGAAGAGGCAGGAACCAGGCAACUACCUCUUCGUCUUCAAUUACCUCAUCUGCUGUACCAACACCAAGGUGAACUGGCCCGUGUUCCCCGAGAGCUUUGGCAACUGGGGGGUGGACAAUGAGCUGCUGGAGCCACUGUCGGGCGUGCUGCCCGCCAACCGCAAUGUCCCGUUCAAACUGAAGCUGCACGGCAUCGCCAAAGCCCUGGUGAAGGGGCAGGACACGUGGCCGCUGACCCUGAGCCCUGAGGGCUACUGGGAGGGCAGCUGCAGCACCGCAGGCUGCCAGGAGGUGUAUGUCAUGGUGCUGGAGAAUGCUAACCACAGCUUCUACUCCUACAUCCUCAAGUACCAGGUCAACGCCCAGUGAGGGCCACCUGCCACCCCCACCCCUGCCGGGCCACGCCCAGAGCCCGGACACCACUGAGUCUGCAUGGAAUCCCUUCUGGACCUCUGCCUCGUGUUCCUGCUCUGCCGGAGGCUGCGAUGUCAGUGGCCAAGGGGACAGAGGCAAAGGCCCUUUAGACGACAAAGGUGCUAUGUAAAUCCAAGGUAUUGUAACUGUAUUCACUGCCCAGACACCCGCCUUCUCAUGCUAACGCUGUCCUUGUUCUCAGGCUGGUGUGGGGAAGCAGGACUGCUGCCCGGGGCCAAACACAUUUCCCGUGAUGGGGAGAGAGAAGCGGGCGUGAUCCAUGAGGCUGAGUCAUCCUGUAAUUCUCAAGCCCCUUCCCAGGAGCUGCACAGAGCUUCUCACCAACUCUCGGACCCCAGGGGAGGUCAGACUGUCAUCUUCUUUCCAGACCUGACCAUCUCCUGCAUUCCCGAUGCUGCUUCUUAUUCUUCCAGGUCCUGAGAAGGAAGGUGCAGAGAGGAAGCUAACUGCCCCCCAACUAGCCCGGGGCCUGAGGGCCUCCACAAUCCCUGUAUGUGCCUGAAAUGUGGCACCAGAAAGAUCAUGGGAGACUUCAGGGCCGAGAGCAGCCAGUGCCUGCUCUUUUUCUGGGUGGGGGCCAGAGAGACAGGGACGUAUGGCAGUCCAGCCACCCUAGUCUCAGGAUGUAAGACCCCGACUCUGCUCUCAGAGAGAUUAAUUCCGUCUACUUGGUCUAUUAGCAGUUCACUCAGCUCCUGCAAGCCCUCUCAGAGCCUGUGCCUCAGGCCCCAACCUGAAACCCACACUGGGAACCCCAGGAGGCUUCUGGGCCCUUAGAGACCCCUGGCAAUAACCCUCAAUAAAGACUUCAGGUAAAGCAGUAAGAACACUGCAGUGCUGGGGGCCCCCACAAUAGCAGGGUCCCACCAGCCCCAAAAUCUCUACUACCAAGGUCACACCUGGGGGACCUCGACCUGCCCUGGGAGCAGUUUCUAUCCCAUGUCCCUUCCUUCCUCUCAAGAGAGACCCCCAGGGUCGACCUUUGGUAGGGACCGUCCAGAGCUCCUUGUUUGCUCAGGCCGGAGAAGUCUCGCCUGCCCAGCCGGCCCUUAGCAGCACCUCAGGCCAGUGUUGCCAUGGCAACAGCAGAAAGACUGGCUCCAGUGAGGGCAGCAGGAGGGAAGGAUGGAGAGGCCCUGAGAGGCCCUGCAUGGCCGCUGCAGCGCCAUCCCCGCACGUGCAGAGGUUGGAGGUGGCCUCACCUGCCCUCCUGACUGCUUCGGCUCUGCAGCCCUGCCCACCAGGGCCUGGGCCUGGAAGGGCCAGCGCUGCCCAGUACUCCCCUCCCUGCACUGCCGCUCCGAUGCCCUGGGCUGGCUACAGACAAAGCUGCUGGGGAUCCUCACGGCGUCCUUGCCUUCAUCCUCACAUUUGUGUAUUCCACAAAUGUUUGUGGAGCACUUAACCAGGUACUGUAUCAGCUGAUCCUUCGUUCUGGGGCUGCAGCCCUGCCCCAGCCAUCCCAGAGCAAGGGUGGCAGCUGCUGCCCUUGCCCAAGCCUGUUUCAAGUUCCAGGCUCCCAACUCUCCAGUCCAUCUUCUCCCUAAGGUCCCACCUCACAAAGAUCCCCACCACCCCCAGCAUGAACCCGGUCCAGAGGAAUGUCUCAGGGGGCCCAUCCUCCACCAGGCCGGGGGUCCUGGAACACGAGGGCAGUACACCACGGUGGGCUGAGCUGCCCUGGCCUGUGUCCAGCGUCCUCUGGCAGGCUCUGCCACCCAGGCAUUCAGCACUGUGUCACUCACGCCUGGAAAAUGCACAAAGGCUGCAGAGGCGGAACUGCUGUGCACCACAACAGGGAAACAAGAGGGGUUUUUACACCCUGGAAACAGCCUUUUCUCACCCCUUUGAUUUUAUGGGCUGAAAGAAAUGUGCUGUGUUUCAUCAAAAUAAUAAGUGCCUUCUGUGACUCAUGUCACUCACUGGACCCAGAGCUGGCUUGCUAGUCCUGCUGGGAACAACUUGCAUCCUCUACAAAACAAUAUAAUUAGUCUAUACAUUCUGGAGCACACAAAGGAUGCCACCCAGCAAAAUAGGAGCUGUCCCAAGCAGGAGACGGUGGCCCAGCCUCUCCAAGAGCCUGGGAGCAUCAGCAACCCCUCCCUGCAGGCGCCCCCCUCCCCCCCCCCCCCCCAGCCCCGGCCCCUUGUAAAGACAGCUGU